ACACAAGGGCAGCGCUAGCGAAAGACAGCCGGCUGCGCUCCCGACUGGCCGCCGUGGCACGUCGGAACCGUGUGGUGUAAUAUCUUUGCUUCUAGCGGCCAAGCGUAGCCAAGCAGUGCAGCGUCUAAUGUAAACAAGGAACUUUUGACGCCGCAGUUUCGUGACCUCCCCAGCCAGGCGUUGCUGCAGCUUGGGGAAGACGAGAAAGCUGCGUGACGGCGUUGCGUGGAGUUCACGGUCUGCGCAACCAGGUCGCUAGGUCGCUGGAAGGGGAGGGACGCUGAGGUGAGCAGAGAGCGGAGCAUUGUGGUGGCUGCCUGCAGACGAUACCAGUCGCCACAACGCCGCGACUUUGGACCUUGACGACACGACGCCGCCCGGCCUCAUCCCGACACCGACAGCUGCGUGCAGCCGGAGGGACCGGAAGAGUGGAGACAUUGCUACGCGUCUGCGUACUGUGGGAAAUAAGUCUCGACUCUCUCCCCGCGAGAGGAAGUGUCGAGAUGUGAUUUCUCGAGGAGAGGGUGCAGUGCGUGGAGAAUGAGAUGGUCAGUCUGGCCGGGACUGGUGAUCUGUCGGAUACGGGCUUCGGAGUAGAGUGCGCGGCGUGCAGUCGCGAGAACGCUGCCGCUCGUCGGCCUGCCGGUGACCUAUCGUGAACUGCCCCGUCGGCGAGGGUGACAGAAGUGCCGGUGCGGACAGAAAUGUGUCUCUGAGGAGCGGAAGUGCAAGCCGGCAGGAUGUCGUCGAUCUCGGGGCGCAGCGGGCGCAGCUCGGGCUCGUCGGGCGGGCGGCGCUCGACGACGAUGCCGACGUACACGCACCAGCACCCGGCGCCCGCGGCCGCGGCGGCGCGCAUGCCGCUGUCGGCCAGCCUGGAGCUGCGCGCCAGCGAGCGCCUCACGCCGCGCCACUUCCUGGACAAGUACUCGCUGCCGCGCGUCGUGCGCGUCUCCUGGCUGCCCGGCCCGCAGCCGCAGCCGCUGCUGCUCUUCCGCCAGUACCGCAGCGCCAAGGUGCAGGCGCGCAGCCUCGCGGCCGCCGCCCGCGCGCCCAAGGUGCAGGGGCCCGCCCUCGUGCUGCCCGCCUCCUACACAGGCUGGUUCUCAAGAGUAAAUUCCAAAGGCCAACCUACUGCACGAUGUUACACAAACAUACAGCAGCUAGUGGCUGCACAGAUCACAACUUUUGUCACCAGAACUGAGCUAACUGCCUACAGGCUGAACGAUACAAAAGAGAUCCAGCAGGAAUCAGUAAACAAGAAGAUGCAAUAUCUGAAGACAAGUGUACGAGCUGGUCACGCCAUUAAACUGUUGGCUGUUUUUGAAGAUGUAAACAAUGUCCAAGUGCACAACAAUAAGCGCCUUUCACUGCCUCUCAUUGGACGAGCCAGCAGCAAAGGAGACAAAUAUGCCCAGUGCCUUGAUGAUAAGAACCAGGUGGUGUUCAUCCCAUUGACAACAACUGGUCAGCUGUAUGCAGUGUCUGGUUUGGAUGAGACGCACAUCGUGUCUCAGCUGUCACACCUGCUCAGGGACGGACAGUUCCCAAUCAGAGUGUGCCUUGUGGCCGGGCCAUUGCCAUCGCCUUUACCUGCUGGUUUUACAGGCAAUCUUUGGCUUGAAAGCUGCCAGCAGGAAGAUGUUAUCCUGGCGUGUACACUGCCACCAGAUGCUGAUCUCUCAUGUCAUGGACAGUUUACAUCCCAGAUGCAGCCAAAGUUCCUCGAAAUCGAUGCAGACUCCCAGUUUCUGCUGUCACGACCUUUACUGCACCACGAGACAGAGAUGCGAAUGUUCAAAUCGCCUCUACUCCAGGGUGUGCUUGCAUUUUGUCGUGAACAUGGUGAUCGCUGGAGACGUCAAAUUAAAGUGACACAUCAUAUUUUUCCAUCAAAUGAGACCUUACUGCAAGUACCAUUACCAGCAUCCAAGGAGAAGGCAGAGAAAAUAAAAACACGACAAGCUACUAAGAAGUCUGCAUCAUUUACUUACAUGCCAUAUAAUGGAAAUGCAAAUGUAAAGGUAGAAGAAGGGCGUAACUUGCCUCCUGCUGUGCCACCGAGAAACGAGUCACGAAUACCACCCGACAGUGGUCCACCGAGUGAAAAUCGCUGUCACCAUAACCACGUAUCUCCAAAGGUUCAGCAAUAUAUCAACAACAAAAACUACCCACCAAUGUAUCAGCCUGAGGUAUCAUCUGCAAUAUCUGGCCAAAGUCGUACUGCAUCUACAUCUCAUCUACAGCAAAGAAUUCAGAGUCCUCCCUUGCCACCUCCAAAUGCAAAUUUAAGGAACAAAGAGCUAUCAUCUGGACUGUCACUUUCGCCUGAUGACCUCCCUUACUCUCAUGUUGCAGAUGCAAUAGUAAACAAUUUUAAAAAUGGUGAGAAUACUAUUGAUGAAGAAAAUAUAUAUGCAGAAAUAUGUGAGCCAAAGAAUUCCUCCUCUAGAGAUGUCAGGAAACUAGACUUUUAUUUCCUGAAACACAGAGGUGCAGAGAAACUCAAAGAAGAUUAUUAUUAUGUGCAGUUUGAUAGUGGCAGUGAGAGCAGUGCAGUGCUAAAGGAAGAAGUAACUUAUGAUACAGUUUGCUGAUAUUGACUGUACAUUAUUUAGCUUUCAGAAUGCUUAAAAUUGUCAGAAUUAUCUGCAAAAAUUCUGUACUGUUAUCAAUACAGAUAAUAUAAUGGCUGAAUUUUAAUUGUUGUAAGCAACUGUGAUGUCGCAUUUAACACAUUUACUGAAUUUAUAAAAAAAAAUCAUCAUGUUCAUCUGAUUAUAUGUUUAAUUCUGUAUCAGAACAAAGGAAGAAAUUCAAACAUGCACAUAAAUAUGUACUGCACUGCAUUAUGUUACACUUCAACAGUGACAGAAGUGUAUCAAUGCAGUCCGAUACAAAGGUAUCCGUUGCUCAGAAUAUUAGCUUGUUGUCCACAGGGACACAUCAAAUUGCAGAAAUACUUUCGUAUGCAAUGAGCAAGCUUCCAUUUCCACCCCUUUCACUUCCUUAUAUCAGAUGUUCAUUGUAUUUCAGCUAACAAAUUUUCAGUGUAUGUCUCCAUUCUAUAUGUAGAAAGUUCAGAUGAACACACACUAUUUCAAGAUUGUACAAAUAUGAGUCAUGUGUUCAAAAAUUAAAAUGCUACACUUUUAAAUGGGGUAAUUGAGUCAUAAUGGAUGAAAAGAUUACCCAAACAUUGCUAGACACAAUAUGAUUAGGUACAAAGGUUCUGAAUAUGCUUGUUCAAAACUACUCUGCACUUUAUAAACUAUAUACUGAUUUUGAAAAACUAUGAUCACUCAUUAUAUGCAAGACCCUGAAAAAUAAAUUUUCAAAUGUGAAUAAUUUAAUGGAGUGCUACGAAGUAAACAUAAAUCAUGCAUCUCAUAUUGUACUAACUAAUGUAUAUACUG